UGAAGAGGAAGAAUGCUCAGAAAUUUCUCAACCGAAACUCAGAAGAAAAAAUUAAGGCCAAUAUUAUUGCAGAAAAUGAAGGGGUAAUUGCCAUUUUGGAUAUUAAUCCUGCCAGUGAUGGGCAUACUUUAUUGAUCACCAAAGAGCAUUUUGCUAAUAUUAGUGAAUAUGAGGGAGAUAAAGGAUUUAUUUGGACUGCCAAGCCCGAACUAAAAUAUAACCUAGAACAAGUA